CUACCGCCUUAUGAGGCUGCUGUUAAGCUCAAGGCUGCAGCGGCUUCCUUCGGCGUCGUUCGGUACUCGGCGGCGUAUGCGAACCGCCAUACAUUUAGUCAUGUGCCACAAGUUGUUAGGGAGCAUAGAAGAGAGAGGAAGAUGCUGAAUCAAUUGGAGAGAAAGGGUGUGAUUAAAUCGAUUGAGCCGUAUCUAUGUCGAGUUUGCGGGAGGAAUUUUUAUACAAACGAGAAGUUAGUGAAUCAUUUUAAGCAAAUUCAUGAGAGUGAGCAGAAAAAGAGGUUGAAUCAGAUAGAGUCUGCUAAAGGUAGUAGAAAAGUGAAGUUGCUCGCCAAGUAUUCGAUGAAAAUACAGAAGUAUAAGAAUGCUGUUAGGGAUGUUUUGACUCCGAAGGUAGGAUAUGGAUUGGGGGAUGAGUUGAAGAGGGCGGGGUUUUUCGUGAAGACGGUAUCGGAUAAGCCAGAAGCGGCCGAUGUAGCGUUGAGAAACGACAUGGUUGAGAUGAUGGAUAGGAGAAGAGCAGAGUGUCUGGUUCUUGUAUCAGAUGAUUCUGAUUUUGUGAAUGUGUUGAAGGAGGCCAAGUUGAGAUGUCUCAGGACAGUUGUGGUAGGGGAUGUUAAUGAUGGGCCAUUGAAGAGAAAUGCUGAUUCUGGGUUUUCUUGGAAGGAGAUUUUGAUGGGGAAGGCUAAGAAGGAGGCUGUGUCUGUUGUGGGAAAAUGGAAGGAUAGAGAUGUUUUGAAGAGAUUGGAAUGGACAUAUGAUCCUCAAUUGGAGAAGAAAGUGUCUGGUUUGGAUGAUAUAAGCGAGGAUGAAGAUGUUGAAGGUUCUGUUAAUGGGGAAAAUUGUGAUGAUGUGCAAAAUGGUGACAGUGGUGUUUGGUGGGAUCUCAGCUCUGAUUCUGAAACUGAAAUUGUUUCAUGUCCAUGUAAAUGACCAAACUAUUGCAUGUAUUAUUGGUUUUUCAAUUGCAUUGUCUCUCUAAUUUAUACAAGUUAUGAUUCAAAUUUAUUUGUUGAAGACUUAGGUGACAUAGUUAAGUUAGAUUGCACUGAUUAGUUCAUAACAAGAAUCACAUGAAAGGUUGAACUUAUAAUGUUCUUAGAAAAUAGGCUUUCUUGCAGACUCCUUUACUUCAAACAUAUUUUUUCACCAUAGCUUGUAAUGCUCCUUUUCUUUAUAGGUAUUAGGUAGGCAUCACUGCAUAUUUAGAAACAUCAUUGUAGAACUUAGUUUUCGGAUGGAGAUUACUCAUCUGAUUGACAGCUAAUGAAAUGUCAUUUAGCUUUCAUAUAGUUGCAACAAAACCACGAACCAACCCCAAUCUGCUGGUUUUCAAAAGGAAACCAAAAUCGUAGCUGAUGGGAGUAGAAAUCUUAGAUGAUACAGGUUUAUUUAAAGUAUAGAGAGAAUCAUUUAAAAUGGAAUUAUCUGAGCUUGUUUUUCCUAGCUUGAGUUACAUAGGCCUGAAGUUUUUGAGGAUUGUUAGCAAGUAUAUGAGUUAAGAAACAAAGUUCUGCAGAAACAAACACAUCGUUCUACAGCCACCUUCAAGUAUAAAAUUGAAUGGCUGACCAGAAACUUGCUACAGCCUUCUAUAUUUUGUCUGAAACAUCAAUAUGGGUCAGCUUAAUAUGCCGAGCCGAGCAUACUAAUAGAAUGUACGACUUGAAAUAAGCAAAAACCAGUUCAUAAAUUGCUAGCUUAUUGAAGAUGAUAAAUGAAGUCCACCAAUCAAGCAGUAUGUAUCAGUUCUCUCAGUCACGAACUGUAAAGCCUCAAAUCAACAGAAUAUAGUCCUAGUAGUGAAAAAUACAAGGAAAAAAAAAA